GCAUUGAGGAAAAACUUGUUUUGAAGAUUGAAUGUAUAAAUUGCCACCACUUUUCGUGUCUUUUUUUCUCUUACCGACUUUUCUUACAGGGGAAUUGAUUAGUGCUCUUAACAAACAUAAAGGGCCAAUCAUAUCUUUGAAGUGGAACAAGAAAGGUGAUUAUCUCCUUAGUGGUAGUAUUGAUACCACUGCCGUUGUUUGGAAUGUGAAGUUUGGAGAAUCGAAGCAGCAAUUUGAUUUUCAUUCAGGUCCAUUGCUUGAUGUUGCUUGGCGAAACAAUGAUUCUUUUGCGACCAGCUCCGCUGAUAACAUGAUAUAUGUUUGUAAAGUUGGAGAGAACAAACCAGUUAAAACGUUCUCAGGACAUCAGAAUGAAAUCAAUGCUAUCAAGUGGGACCCCUCAGGUUCCUUGCUGGCUUCAUGCUCUGAUGAUACCACAGUUAAGAUAUGGAGCAUGAAACAGGAUGUCUACUUGCAUGAUUUCAGAGAACAUCGCAAAGAGAUACAUACACUCAAAUGGAGUCCAAGUGGCGCUGGUACAAGCAAUCCGAAUAAUCAGUUGUUGCUGGCAAGUGCUUCAUUUGACUCUACCGUGAAGCUAUGGGAUGUUGAACUAGGACGUCUUCUUCACAGCUUGAACGGUCACAGGGAACCUGUUUACUCUAUUGCAUUUAGUCCGAACGGUGAGUACUUGGCUAGUGGCUCAUUGGAUAAAUGCUUGAAUAUAUGGUCAGUGAAGGAGGCCAAGAUUGUAAAAACUUGCAAUGGCGAUGGCUGCAUUUUUGAAGUGUGUUGGAACAAGGAAGGCAACAAGGUUGCAGCUUGUUUCGCAAACAAGAAGGUCUGUGUGUAUGAUAUGCGAUUGUAGACGUUGAGGAAUAGCUUUAAAAGGACUUGGGAACUGAAAAUUUUCAUUUUAGUUAAUAUAUGAGCUUAUUU